AUGGCGCGACGGAGGAGACCCCCGCGGUCGGGCGCGCUGACAGAGCUGCCGCCCCUCAAGAUCCUCGGCCAGAUCGCCGCGCUCCAGGCCGUCUUCUACGUCGCCGCGCUGGUGCUCAUGCUGUUCAGCACGCUGGUUGCCGGCACAAAGUUCACGCUCGACAUGGUGUUUGGCUGGUCUGCCGUGAGAGGAGACACAACGCAGGGCUGGCUGGUUGCUUUUCUGUGGAUUUUGGACGGAGGCUUGUUCAUAGCCCUCGCUAUCGUCCUCAUAGUCAUCCGCUCGAAACUCGUCCUCGACUUCGCGCUGACGGUUCACUUCCUACAUCUCCUCGUCGUCUCGCUCUACACAGGCCAGAUCCCGCGCAACGCCUCUUGGUGGGCCGCCAUGGCGCUGUCAAGUGGUCUAGCUGUCAUGCUGGGGAUGUGGGGGUGUCGAUAUCGCGAGUUGCGGCCCAUCUCCUUUGGCGGUAGCGGAGGCGGAAAUGCUGCUGCAAACGGCGCAGCUGGUAAUGGUGAGGGGAGCAGUAAUGCUGGCGAAGGAGGCUCCGGGACACAGGGCGACGAAGAGCAGGGCUUCUCAAGAGGCAGGGGAAGGGGGAGAGGGCGAGACGGGGCGGGGGAGUACGAGAUGGUCAAGAUGAAUGGGGAUGCGGCUCCCUAA